UUUGCUGAACCACCUGUUGCGAAAUUGAGAUUUGCUAAACCAGUUCCUAAAGCCAAAUUCGCCGAUACAUUUCUAGCUAACAAGGGUUACGCCGCAUCUUGCCUGCAAUUUGCUCCAUAUAUGCACCUUAAAAUACAAAAUGAAGAUUGUCUAUAUUUAAAUGUAUUCAGCCCAAAAAUAUUUGAAAACGAUAAGAAGUACGCCGUAAUAGUAUGGGUUCACGGAGGAGGGUUUGUUGCGGGUUCCGGUUCUACAAGGACAAAUGCGAUUUUAGCAGCGUAUGGACAGGUGGUUUUAGUUACGCUAAAUUAUCGUCUUGGACCGUUCGGAUUUCUUGACACGGGAGGAAAUGAUGGUAGCCCAAACAAUGGUCUCUGGGAUCAACAUCUUGGUAUACAGUGGGUAAAAAAUAACAUUGGCAGUUUUGGGGGUGAUUCAACAAAUAUAACGAUUGCUGGUCAAUCUGCUGGCUCAGCUGCUGUUAUGUUUCAAGCUAUUUAUCCUGGCAAUGAAGGCUUGUUUCAAAGAGUCAUCGCCGAGAGUGGCUCUGUCAACGCCCCGUGGGUAAUAGUAACUGAUCCAAGCGAAAAACUAAGAACCUUUACUUCUUUGAUGAACUGUCCAACAACUUCUAUCGAAGGCGUGUCUUGCCUAAAAGCGUUAGACGCAAGGGCGAUUGCACAGAAGGGUGCCGUGAGCUUCACACCAGGA